CCAUACUCAAAGUCUAACUCCAAUCAUUAGCGGUGAUACGAAUUUCAAACCAGGGCUGCCAUUCUUUUCAGACAAGGGGAUAUUUACAGUAUUUCUUCUUCAAGUCGUGUUAAGUGAAGGGAGUAUGGAAGCUAAGCGGGUUCUGCAGCCUGUGAACUCCAACCAGUCCACAGAGGGUGCUGAGGGGCCCAUGAAGAAGACGGGUGAUAUGACAGAUGGAGUGGAAGGGGACAGUUUCAAGAGGAAAUGGUCACUUGAAGACUUUGAUAUAGGCAAGCCACUGGGCAAGGGCAAGUUUGGCAAUGUUUAUCUUGCCAGAGAGAAGAAAAGCAAAUAUAUUGUGGCACUAAAAGUGUUGUUCAAGUCCCAGUUGCAGAAAGCUCAGGUGGAACAUCAGCUGCGCCGUGAGAUCGAGAUUCAGUCACAUCUCAGACACCCUCACAUCCUGCGUCUGUAUGGCUACUUCCAUGACAAGACCCGGGUCUACCUCAUCCUGGAGUACGUCCCACGGGGGGAGCUGUACAAGGAAUUACAGAGGGCCAAGAGAUUUGAUGAACAGCGAUCAGCCACUUAUAUCGGCCAACUGGCCAAUGCUCUCAUCUACUGUCACAGUCGUAAAGUGAUCCAUCGUGACAUCAAACCUGAAAAUCUCCUGCUGGGCCUCAGGGGAGACCUGAAGAUUGCUGACUUUGGCUGGUCUGUGCAUGCCCCAUCCUCGAGGCGGACCACACUAUGCGGCACUCUUGACUACCUUCCACCAGAGAUGGUGGAGGGUCGGAUGCAUGAUGAGAAGGUGGACUUAUGGAGUCUUGGAGUGCUCUGCUAUGAGUUCCUGGUGGGCAAGCCACCUUUUGAGGCUGAGGGACACACAGAGACAUAUCGAAGAAUUACUAAAGUUGAUCUCCAGUUCCCAGACUAUAUGUCAGCAGGAGCCAGGGAUUUGAUAGCAAAGCUGCUCCGACACAAUCCAGCCAAUCGGCUGCCUCUGGGUGAAGUGAUGAACCAUGCCUGGAUCAAACAAAAUGCAACCAUGCCUCAGACCCCCUCAUCUUCGUCAUCAUCAUCAACAGCAUCAACAACCCAGUCCUGAUCACAUUCCUCUCUAGACUGCAGUGUAUAGCAGCCACCUGCUCAUGUACCACACCCAGCCUUAUGUAGAUACAACCACACCAGCCGUGGAACUAUGCAUCUCAGCUGACUGAUCAAGUUGAGACUGUGACAGUGAUUGACAGGCUGGGGGCGUGGCCACAUAUCUGUACAAAUCCACCUUUUGAUGUGGAUUACUCUGGGACAAUCAAGAUGUGCCAGUCUCAUAAUCUGAGAUAGCCAGGAUGAAUUGUUGCACUUUAGCUAGGAAUGUGAUACUGGUCAAUACUUGCUUAAGCUGUCUUAUAUUUUACAGAAUUAUUAUUUUCCUAAUCCUUUGUUGUACAUGUGAUAAUGUUCCUGGUUACUGAACUCAUUUGCAUAUCUAAGUAGCUUUCUAAUCGAUCUAAGAACAUUCAGAUAUUACAAGCAGGAACAUUUUCUCAAACAUUUAGUGCAGUGCACUAAUCAGGAUGACGUAAAACUUUGUACAUAUAUAAUCAUGUCAUGAGGGACAGUGCAGCCCCACUUCAGACUUCGACAUGUGCAUCACCACACUGCAAUAAGUUUGUAUAUACAUGAUGUGCAUGCAUAACAGAAGUCCCUUUGAAGAGAUUCCUGAGACAAUUAUAUUAUGAUGUUUAUUAUGUGUAGGAGACAUUUUUUCACCCAUGUUUGCAAGUAGUUUCAAAUGUAAUCUUUUGUACACAUGUAUUCAUUUGGCAGUCAACACAAAACAUCCUUGAUCGAGGGUGGAAGUCUUAUUCCCAUAAUCUUAAACACGUUUGUGUAUGUUGGCCCAUAGAAUAUUGUCACAGGGUAAAAUAUGAAGAUGUAUUUCUGUCUGUUCCUAUCUGUCUUCAUGCUGUACAAUCCUCCUAUCUUCAACCCUGUGAUGUUUGCUGUCUGUGGCAAACAAAUGGGCAAUGACAUUUUAUUUCUGUGUAUGGAUCUCAUGUAGCCAUCAAAUAUAUAUCAAAAGAAACAUUUGUUAAAAAAUAUGCAAAAAAAUAUGACUUUGUGAUUAAAUUAUUUCCCUUU